AGAAAAGGGAGGAAAGUUUAAUGGAAAAUCUAGUCCCACUUUCUCCUCUUUAUGGAAAAUGGAUUCCCCCUUUCCUGCUUUUUUGGAAAAUCGAAAACGUGUGGGGACAGCCUCUUUGGAGAAUUUGCAUCGCAGAAACUUCGUAGAAGAGGGACGGACCUCUAUUUUAUUGACUUUAGCAAAGAUAAGUCAUGAAUCAUGAGUGUGGUAACACUUUAUUGACUGCACCAUUGUUCGGUGCUACUUUUGAUGUCUUAAAUGCCUGUUUCAGUAUCUAUUAGGAUCCACUAUCGCCAUCUUUUCCUCUGAGGACCAAACUCUUUUUUUUCCCAAUCAAUUCCAAAUUUCCAGUUCAGUUCUUUUCCAGCACACUUUCUUGAAAAUCAUCAUUCCGUUACCUAUUUCUCUCAAUCACAUUCAAAACCUUUCAAAUUGCACGCAUUACUCAUCUCUUAUAUAUAAUUCCCAUUUCAUUAGAUCUUAAUUUGAUAUUUCUUUCCUUCUUCUACUACUCUUUUUAGAUCUUUUCCAGUCUUCAGUUAACAGAUCAUACUGAUGGCUUCCCCAACUAAAGAAGAAUUACCCUCCUCUUCUUCUUCCACUCGCCAAUGGAGCCAUGAUAUCUUCUUGAGUUUUCGAGGUGAAGACACGCGUUAUGAUUUUACAGGCCAUUUAUACACCGCUUUGUGUAACCAUGGCUUAAACACCUUCUUUGAUACCAAUCUUGAGAGGGGAGAAGAAAUUUCAAAGGAACUUCUUAACACCAUUGAAAUGUCAAUGAUUUCGAUCGUUGUAUUGUCUGAAAAUUAUGCAUCUUCUACUUGGUGUUUGGAUGAACUUGUCAAGAUUCUUGAGUGUAGAAAUACUGGACGGAUCCGGAAGGUUUAUCCAAUUUUCUACAAAGUGACUCCAUCCGAAGUUAGAAAAAAUGAGGGAAAGUUUGGGAUAGCACUAGAUAACCACAAGAAAAAAUUCAAAGACGACGUGGAGAAGGUUAAGAGAUGGAAGGAAGCUUUAACUGAAGUAACUAAAUUGGCUGGAUAUGAAUACAAAAAUGGUGAGUAUGAAUUUGAAUUUAUCCAAAGAAUUAUUGAAGAGAUAUCAAUUAUUAAAUCAAUUCACAUAAAAUUACCUAUUGCUAAAUAUCCAGUUGAAGUAGAUUCUCAAGCAAAAGCCAUAGAAUCGCUUUUAGAUGUGGAAUCCAAUGGUGUUUUCAUAGUAGGAAUCUAUGGUCUUGGGGGAGUGGGUAAGACUACAAUCUCAAAAGCCGUUUAUAAUAGAAUUAAUGAUCGUUUUCAAGGAAGCUGCUUUCUAGAAAACGUUAGAGAAAAUUCAAAGACAAAUGCUGGCAUUAUCCAAUUACAAGAGACACUGCUUUCUAAGAUCUUACGAAGUAGAAUUGUUAAGGUGAGUAGUGUACUUGAAGGAAUCAUUAUGAUAAAAGAAAGGUUCUGCGAUAAGAAAGUUCUUUUAAUUCUUGAUGAUGUGGAUCAAUCAAAAGAGAUAGACAAUUUGGUUGGAUAUUGUAACUGGCUAGCUUCAGGAAGUAGAGUCAUCAUAACAACAAGAGACAAAAACGUUCUACCCAAUCUUGGAAUAGAUCCUCAAAUAAGAACUUAUGAGGUUCAAAAAAUGAAUCUACGUGAUGCUCGUGUUCUUUUCAAUAUGCAUGCCUUUGGAAACAAUAAUCCUAAGGAAGGAUAUUCAAAUCUUGUAGAGCAAAUUAUGUCUUAUGCUGAUGGCCUUCCAUUAGCUCUAGUGAUAAUGGGUUCUGAUUUGUAUGGCAAAAGUAUAGAUCAAUGGACAUGUGCAGUCGAAAAGUAUAAGAAGAUUCCACAUGGAGAAAUUAUUAAGAUACUCAAGAUAAGUUAUGAUGGAUUGGAAAAAAGAGAAAGGGAUAUUUUUCUUGAUAUUGCAUGUUUUUUUAAGGGAUUUAAAAUGGAUGAAGUUGUGAACAUAUUAGAUGCUUGCAAAUUAUUUGCAAGUAUGGGUAUUAGUACACUCAUUGAAAAGUGUCUCAUAACUAUUGGCGGAUGUGGCAUAUUGUGGAUGCAUGACUUGCUACAACAAAUGGGUAGAGAAAUCGUUGAACAAGAAUCUGAAGAGCUUGAAAAUCGUAGCAGGAUAUGGUGUUAUGAGGAUGCUUAUAAAUUGCUGACUGAAAACAUGGGGUCAAAUAAAAUUCGAGGCAUGAUGUGGUACUCACCUAAACCAAGAUUGGUGAAAUUGCAAGCUGAUGCUUUCAAAAAUAUGAGAAAUCUAAAAUUUCUCUUAGUUAAGAAUGUACGAAUUUCUAAAGGGCUUAAAUAUCUCCCCAACGAGUUAAGAUUGCUUCAAUGGUCAGAAUAUGAUUUUCUCUUGCCAUUAAAAUUUUACCCUCACAAUCUUGUUGUGUUGAAUAUGCCGAAUAGUCAGAUUAGAUUGGAGAAACUAUUAAAACAGGGCCGCGCAUUUGAAGCAUUGAAAGAUGUCAAUGUCUGUGGAUGUAAAUUCAUUACAAAAUUACCUUCCUUAUUAUGCGCCCCAAACUUAAAGAAUUUGGACAUGCGUGACUGUGUAAAUUUAAUAGAGGUUCAUGAGUCGGUUGGAGGUCUUGAUAAGCUUGAAAGGUGGGACCUCAGAAGCUGCCGAAACCUUGAGAUUCUUCCAAGCCUCCUCGGGCUGAGAUCCCUUAAAGAUUUUAUUCUAGAAAACUGCGGAAGGCUUGAGAAGUUUCCUGCUAUUUGGGCCCCAGACUUGAAGACAUUGUCCAUUUCUGAUUGUGAAAACUUAAUGGAGGUUCAUGAGUCGGUUGGAGAUCUUGACAAGCUUGAAAGGUGGGACCUCAGAAGCUGCCGAAACCUUGAGAUUCUUCCAAGCCUCCUCGGGCUGAGAUCCCUUAAAUAUUUUAGUCUAGUAAACUGCGGAAGGCUUGAGAAGUUUCCUGCUAUUUGGGCCCCAGACUUGAAGACAUUGUACAUUUCUUAUUGUGAAAACUUAAUAGAAGUUCAUGAGUCGGUUGGAGGUCUUGACAAGCUUGAAUGGUGGGACCUCAGAAGGUGCCGAAACCUUGAGAUUCUUCCAAGCCUCCUCGGGCUGAGAUCCCUUAAAUAUUUUAGUCUAGAAAACUGCGGAAGGCUUGAGAAGUUUCCUGCUAUUUGGGCCCCAGACUUGAAGACAUUGGACAUUUCUGAUUGUGAAAACUUAAUAGAGGUUCAUGAGUCGGUUGGAGAUCUUGACAAGCUUGAAAGGUGGGACCUCAGAAGCUGCCGAAACCUUGAGAUUCUUCCAAGCCUCCUCGGGCUGAGAUCCCUUAAACAUUUUAUUCUAGAAAACUACGGAAGGCUUGAGAAGUUUCCUGCUAUUUGGGCGCCAGACUUAGAGUCAUUGGACAUUUCUGAUUGUGAAAACUUAAUAGAGGUUCAUGAGCCGGUUGGAGGUCUUGACAAGCUUGAAAGGUGGGACCUCAGAAGCUGCCGAAACCUUGAGAUUCUUCCAAGCCUCCUCGGGCUGAGAUCCCUUAAACAUUUUAUUCUAGAAAACUGCGGAAGGCUUGAGAAGUUUCCUGCUAUUUGGGCCCCAGACUUGAAGACAUUGGACAUUUCUGAUUGUGAAAACUUAAUAGAGGUUCAUGAGUCGGUUGGAGAUCUUGACAAGCUUGAAAGGUGGGACCUCAGAAGCUGCCGAAACCUUGAGAUUCUUCCAAGCCUCCUCGGGCUGAGAUCCCUUAAACAUUUUAGUCUAGAAAACUGCGGAAGGCUUGAGAAGUUUCCUGCUAUUUGGGCCCCAGACUUGAAGACAUUGGACAUUUCUGAUUGUGAAAACUUAAUAGAGGUUCAUGAGUCGGUUGGAGAUCUUGACAAGCUUGAAAGGUGGGACCUCAGAAGCUGCCGAAACCUUGAGAUUCUUCCAAGCCUCCUCGGGCUGAGAUCCCUUAAACAUUUUAUUCUAGAAAACUACGGAAGGCUUGAGAAGUUUCCUGCUAUUUGGGCGCCAGACUUAGAGUCAUUGGACAUUUCUGAUUGUGAAAACUUAAUAGAGGUUCAUGAGCCGGUUGGAGGUCUUGACAAGCUUGAAUGGUGGGACAUCAGAAGGUGCCGAAACCUUGAGAUUCUUCCAAGCCUCCUCGGGCUGAGAUCCCUUAAAUAUUUUAGUCUAGUAAACUGCGGAAGGCUUGAGAAGUUUCCUGCUAUUUGGGCCCCAGACUUAGAUUCAUUGUACAUUUCUGAUUGUGAAAACUUAAUAGAGGUUCAUGAGUCGGUUGGAGGUCUUGACAAGCUUGAAUGGUGGGAAUUCAGAAGGUGCCGAAACCUUGAGAUUCUUCCAAGCCUCCUCGGGCUGAGAUCCCUUAAAGAUUUUAUUCUAGAAAACUGCGGAAGGCUUGAGAAGUUUCCUGCUAUUUGGGCCCCAGACUUAGAGUCAUUGGACAUUUCUGAUUGUGAAAACUUAAUAGAGGUUCAUGAGUCGGUUGGAGGUCUUGACAAGCUUGAAUGGUGGGACCUCAGAAGCUGCCGAAACCUUGAGAUUCUUCCAAGCCUCCUCGGGCUGAGAUCCCUUAAAUAUUUUAGUCUAGUAAACUGCGGAAGGCUUGAGAAGUUUCCUGCUAUUUGGGCCCCAGACUUGAAGACAUUGUCCAUUUCUGAUUGUGAAAACUUAAUGGAGGUUCAUGAGUCGGUUGGAGAUCUUGACAAGCUUGAAAGGUGGGACCUCAGAAGCUGCCGAAACCUUGAGAUUCUUCCAAGCCUCCUCGGGCUGAGAUCCCUUAAAGAUUUUAGUCUAGUAAACUGCGGAAGGCUUGAGAAGUUUCCUGCUAUUCACCCAGAAAUGAAAUAUUUGCAGCGUUUAUAUAUGAGCAAUUGUGGUAUUAGAGAAUGGCGUUCAUCGUUCACGCAUCUCACCAAAGGGCUUUGCGAUUUAGAGCUAUCUAACAAUGAAAACCUUUGGAAUUUUCUGCAUAGCCGCAAUAAAUUGCAACUGCUCGAGGAAAUAGAUAUUCCCACUGCCAAUUCCUUUGAUGGCUUUUCGGGAUAUGGGUUUCUGAGCUUGACAGAUCUGGAGCUCAACUCUUGGGAUGGAGAUAUAACUGAAUUAGAUUUUCAAUACUUCCCCCUAUUGAGCGAUCUUCGUAUAUAUGAUUCCAAUAUUAUUAGUAUUCCCCAAAGCAUUAGCGGAUUAGCUAGAUUAAAACCUAUUCGCAUAGAAAAUUGUAAGCAGCUUCGGGAAAUUCCAACGCUUGCACAAUCUGUAAGAUGUGUGUUUGUAAGCGAAUGCCCGUCGGUGGAUCCACAAUCAGUUAGCAGAUUAUUGAUUCAGUUUGGAGGUGCAAGAAGCAACAUAUCAAUGGAUCCCAAAGUAUCAACAGAAAUUCCACCGCCAAAAAUGUCUGAAGAUGAAUAUGAAAUUUUGUACUAUCUUAGACUACCAGUAACAGAGAUUCCAAAGGACUUAAAAUUCAACCAUCACACUUUUGGAAAUUCCUUAUCCUUCAGGGUUGGUAAAAAGUUUUCAAAAUUAGCCAUCUGUAUUGCUUUUCGAACGGUGGAGGCACAUAUGUACUACAGUUGUAAGGUUAACAUUUCCAUCAAGGGGUGUAAACAGAAACUAGAUUUAGUUUUUCCUCAUAAGUGGAUAAAAGUGGAACUGCGGUUAUCGUCUAUACGCUUUAAGGAAUUGAAGAAACUAAAACUAUCUGAACAGAAUCACAUUGAAGUUGAGGUUCUAACAUCGUUUCUAAACUUCCCUGGUAUGAUAAAAUGGUUGGGGGUCAAUGUAGAAUGCACCUGCUAUCCUCAGAAUUCAGAUGUUACUUGCUUGCCGCUUCCGUGUGCUAUGAAUGGUUGUGGGUCUUCCUCGAUUCCGAAUGACACUGAGCUCCCGCAUUUGCUACCUGUUUCCUCCACUUCUUAUGCUUCAGAUUCAGAUCACAGGGUUCUUAACAAUGGAAGAAAUUACAUACUUGCUGGAACAGGACUCCAAAAGAGAAGAAGUUCUUCGUCUCUGACGGCAAAGCCCAGCAGAGAGCGGAGCUCUAGACCUUGGAGAUGAAGCUCUUCUCCUAUUCAAUCUCUUCUUCAUUUUCCAAACAACACAUAAUUAUGAUGUUAGAGAAUAUCCUCGAAGACACAGUGGACCAUUAUUUGGUUGUUUGGCCUCGUUGGAGCAUAAUCAUGUGCCAAGUAAGCUUACCUUCAAUGUUAUGAAACAGCUGAAGACCUCUGUUCUUGACAGAUCUACCUUGCAAGUAGGAAUCAUCACUUGUUCAUUGAGUUUGAGUAUCCUUUCCCAAAGAGGCUUUGGGAGAAAGUUAAGUCAUGGUGUCUAACAAAUUACCAGGGAGUUUCAAACCUCUGAGGCAUCACUGUACAGAAGUUGUUUUGCUGAUGCCCUACUUUACUAAUCUCUUUAACCAAUUUUGCCUUCCAUUUGAUAGCAUCUGAUAUCUACAAAAAUCCAUACCUUUUUCCCUUUUUGUUUCCUAGGUCAACUUCAUCACUUAAGAAGGAGACAUGUUGCAUUGUACAGUGAAAAAAUGUGGAGCAGCUGUUACAAUGGACUAUACCUAUGUUCAGGUCAUCAAGAUAUUACACUUCUUACAUCUUAAAAGCAUUUUUCCACAACUUAAAGUUUCUUGGUAGUAUAGCACAUGAACAUAAGUUGAAGGUACCAAGAGAAAAAGUGCAACUAAAGGAACCAAUUUUAGCAGUUCAAAGAGUUUCUUUGCUGAUUUGUAGAUGUAUGGUGGAUUGGUGGUUUAGAUCUUUUAGGUUCAUCUCAAUUCUAAUACAAAAAAUUUCACUUCAGAUUUCUUUGGUAAUCCUAUCCAUGACCUUCAUUUGGCAUCCUGAUGACAAGAGUAAUGUUUACAUGGUGGUGUUGUUUGAUCUAUUUUGAGAGAUUAUAAUGUUUUUUUUUUCCUUCUUCAAUUUUUGGACUUUUCCCUCCCACUUGUAUGAAAGGAAGUUGAAGGCUCUUUGCUCAAAUUAUGAGAUAAUACCAAAUUAAGGAAAAUUUGAAUUGUUUAUUCUUA